AUGGAUGAGGAUCACUGCUCGUUAAAUUAUUUGUCAAGCGUUGAUCCCUGCUACAGUUACACCAGUCUGGCCGAGCCUUGGAGAGCCACUGACAACUAUUACUCCUAUGGCAUGUGUGAUUAUAAUGUGGAGUGGAAUGGCUGGUACAGAUUGUUCUACAAUGGUGAAAAUGCUCAGAUGCCAGAAUCAUGUGUUAAUCAGUACAUGUGUGGCACUUAUGAGCCACUGUGGCUCAACGGCCCUCAUCCACAGCUGGAAGAUGGAGUGGUCACUCGUCAGGUCUGUGCUUCCACAUGGAGUGGCUGCUGUGCUUACACAUCCCACCCUAUAAGAGUCAAAGCCUGUCCUGGAAAUUACUAUGUUUAUGAAUUUGUCAAACCAAUGAUUUGUGGAGAUCACUGUGUAGAAGCCUCAAGGCAGGCCAUAACACCAGUGUCAACAGCAACAGAGACAAUUCUAUGCACAGAAUCCAUUGCUCCACCAAUUACAACCACUGCUCCUGUUGACCCCUGCUACAACUAUACUGUCCUGGACAAUCCAUGGAGAGCCACCAACAAUCAACAUUCCUCUCUAAUAAUGUGUGACUUUUGGGUCAGCUGGAACGGCUGGUACCGUCUCUUCAUUCAUGGUCAGAGCGUUCAGAUGCCAGACACAUGUGUUGAGGAGUAUAGUUGUGGCACUAAUGCUCCACUCUGGCUGAAUGGAGGACAUCCAACAGUUGAGGAUGGAGUGGUCACUCGAGAUGUCUGCGGUCACUGGAACAAUGACUGCUGCCAUUUCCAAUCCAAUCCCAUUAAAGUCAAAGCCUGUCCAGGAGAUUAUUAUGUCUAUGAGUUUGUGAGUCCAACUACGUGCAGUUUGGCAUACUGUGCAGUUAAUAGAAAUCGCUGUUCUGAGCUCAGCUGCUCUGAGGAUGAAAGGUGCGGGAUGAAUAAUGGUUUUUAUGGCUGUUUAUGUAAAAAUCACAGACAACGACAGCAUCAUGACUCUUUCAAUUUCUCAGAAAGCUGUGAAAGCGGUUCUGGCUCCAUGUCUGUGUCUCACUGUCAGCUCUUUGAGGCUGGUUUUCCUGCUGAUGUCUUGCACCUCAAUGAUCCCAGCUGCAGAGGAACGGUCCGGAAUGGCAGAGUGGAAUUCCAUUUUGAUAACGAUGAACACAUCUGUGGCACAAAUCUUGUGGCCAACGGCACCCACUUUAUCUAUGAUAACUUUAUUCUGGGGGCACCGAGGUCAGAAGGUCUCAUCAGCAGAGAGAAAAUCCUCAAGCUUUCUUUCAGCUGUGUUUAUCCACAAACACAAUCACUUUCCAUGAAUGUGUAAAUCAACCCACUGGAGAGUGUUGUGCACACCCUCCCGGCUGGUGAAGGCAGAUAUCAGGUGCGGAUGAUUCCAUAUGAGGAUGAUGAGUUUACUCGGCCCUUCACUGGUAGAGUGGAUGCAGAGCUGGACCAGAAGAUGAAUGUGGAAGUUUGUGUCGAGGGGGUUGACAGCCGUCAGUUUGCUCUGGUGAUGGACACGUGUUGGGCUACACCUGUGAAUGAUCCUGAUUACAGUCUCCGCUGGGAUCUCAUCGUUAGAGAGUGUCCCAAUCCAAAUGAUGACACAGUGGAGCUGCUGCAGAACGGCGUCUCGACAUCCAGCCGUUUCUCCUUCAGGAUGUUCAUCUUCACUGCAAACUCCACUAAGCUUUACCUGCACUGUGCUGUUCACCUGUGCCUUAUGUCGAGCAAUCGCUGCUCCUCAGGCUGUUACUCUGGGCAACAGCGGAGAGAGGGCCGGUCUCUGGACUUCCAUGACAGUGCUUCCAUAUCCAUGGGUCCUCUGACGAUGUCUGAAGAGAUUACAGAUAAGUGGCUUCCAGAUCAAGUGAAGGUGUCUGAGGCUUCUUCUCUGUGUGCUUCUCUGAUGCUGUUACUCGUUCCUCUUAUGAGUGUCUUGAGCCUCUUUUAUUAA